AUGGACCCAGAAUGCUCCCGGCUCCUCCCGGCUCUGUGUGCUGUCCUGGCGGAUCCCAGACAGCCAGUGACAGAUGAUACCUGUUUAGAAAAACUCUUGGACUGGUUUAAAACAGUAACGGAAACAGAAUCCAGCCUCCUGCUGUUACAGGAAAACCCCUGCCUGGUUGAGCUGCUGUCCCAGGCCUUCAAGUUCCAGGACCUGAGUUCCAGAGUUGUCUCCUUUUCACUUCGCCUGGCAGGGAUAUUUGCCGCUCAGGAAAAUUGCUUCCAGUAUCUUCAGCAGGAAGAGUUGAUGCUCAGACUCUUUGGGGAGGCGGGCCCCCUUGGCCUGCUGACCUGGAAUGUCCCCUCGGUACGCAGCGGCUGGAUCCAAGGCUUGUGUUCUCUAGCACAGCACCCUAGUGCUGAGCAGUUCCUGGUGGAAUGUGGUGCCCUGGAUAUCAUCUUCGCCCUGCAAGGGGAUUCUAGCCUGUUUGUGGCUUCUGCUGCCAGCCAGCUCCUGGCACAGGUCCUGGCUUUGUCCCUACAAGGUCAAGACACCCCACAGCUCAACAUGCUGGAUGACGACUGGCCCUUGUGUGCCAGGAGCAUUGUGGGCUUCCUUGAGAACUCCCUGCAAUCUGGAACCACGCCACAAGUCACGAAGGCACUGAACGUCCUGACCAGCACUUUCGGACGCUGCCACCAACCCUGGACACAAACACUUUGGAUGCGGCUAGGCACCCCAGUGGCCUGUCUCUUGGAGAAGGAGCCCGUGCCCGCGGGCCACUCGCUUGCUGACCUCCUCCUUAGCAUGGCACGGUCUCCUGUGUUUGGCUCUUCCGACUGUGACCUCUGGGUGACAUUGGCCCAGACACUGAAUCGUCUAAGCCCCACGCAGGCUGGACCAUUGGCUCUGGGGAUCCUGAAACUCCACAUCUGUCCCCAGGCUCUGAAGACCCAGGCACUUGGAGUCCUCCUUCAGCCACUGGUCUGCAUCCUGGAAGCUGCCACCCAACCCCCUGGAAAUCUGCUGUGUUGUCCUCCAGGCCUGCUGGACGGGAUCGAACGCAGCCCUUCAAUAUCCGACACCCUCCUGGCCUCCACGUCAUCCUGCAUCAGCCUGUUGUGCCAGAGCCUGGCCCACCUGGGGGAGCUGCAGCCGCUGUUGGGUGUGGCCCGACCAGGGCCCUGGCCACAGGCAGCCCUGCUCCAAGCCACGGUAACGGCUCUGCGCUUUGGCAAUGGCUCGGCGGUGCCUGUCUCCAAUGUGGGGCGCCACCUCUGUGGGGUCCUGGCUGGCUGUGUCCGAGUCCAGCGCGCGGCCCUGGACUUCCUAGGGGUGCUCUCUCAGGGGACAGGCCCCCGGGAGCUGGUGACACAAGUAUUCGAGGUCCUCCUGCAGUAUCUGAGCAGCCCCGGCUCCAGCCCCAUGGUUCUGAAGAAAGCCUUCCAGGCCACUGUCCAGUGGUUCCUGAGUACCUCUAAAGUCAGUAGCUUCUGUGAACCCGACCUCUACACCCAGCCAUUCCUCAGAGAGCUAUUCCCCGUGAUGCAAAAACGUCUGUGCAGCCCCUGCUGGGAGGUACGGGACUCGUCCCUUGAGUUCCUGAUCCAGCUGACCACACGAUGGGGAGGGCAUCCUGGCUUCCAACAAGCCCUCCUGGCCUCAGAUGUGCCCGAGCUAGCCGAACAGCUUCUCCAGGACCCCGAGGGCUAUGUCCGUGCGAGCGCAGUGGUCGCUGUGGGACAUCUGGCCAGCCGGGGGCUGCAUGCCACCCCCAGCAGCCCUGAGCACCCAGGGGCCCAGCAGCGUCUACUCCGGGAGCUCCUACACAUGCUAUCUGUGGAUACAGAGGGCUUUCCCCGGAGGGCCGUGAUGCAAGUCUUCACGCAGUGGCUCAGGGAUGGCCAUGUCGCGAUGGCUGAGGACCCGGAGCAGUUUGUGGCCAGUGUGUUCCAGGUGGUGAGCCGGGACCUUGACUGGGAGGUGCGCGUUCAAAGCCUUGAGCUGGCCCAUGUGUUCUUGGCCCAGACACUGAGGCCACCCGACUGCCCCUAUGCAGUCACCCUGCCGAGGGUCUCUGAGCCUGUCCCCCUGGUUGAGGUGCUGCGGACACUGGGCCGGGCACAGGUCCUGGACUUUGCUCUCCGUGCCUUAUUCGACUGUGACCGGCCCGUGGCCCAGAAGUCCUGCGAUUUCUUGCUGCUGCUGCAGGCCAGGACUACCCCCGACAGUGGGCUGCAGGGGUCUGGAUGUGGCCCUGAUGCCACUGAUGUGGAGGCUGCCCUGCAGGCGUGGCAGGCAGGUGAGCAGGGCCAGCCGCUGGGUGAGCUGGUGCCUGAAGUUGCAGUGGCCGUCCUGCAGGCCCUGGACCUGGAGGGACUGCGGGCCACACUGGCCGAGAGCAGUGACCGCGUGGAGCAGAGCCCACAGUCCCUGCUACAGGACAUGCUGGCCACAGUGGGCACCCUGAGCGAGCCUGAGGCAGACUGCUACUAA